CUAACCCUCUCUCUCUCCAGCUCUGACUCUAACCUCUCUCUCUCUCUCCCCAGCUCUGCAUAUUGCCGUGACAACAAGGUCCGCGUGGCGAUAAAGAAGAUCAGUCCGUUUGAGCACCAGACGUACUGCCAGAGGACUCUGAGAGAGAUUAAGAUCCUGCUGCGCUUUAAACAUGAGAACGUCAUCAGCAUCAACGACAUCAUCCGUAUGCCCUCCAUUGACCAGAUGAAGGACGUCUACAUAGUGCAGGACUUGAUGGAAACAGACCUGUACAAGCUCCUGAAGACGCAGCACCUGAGCAAUGAUCACAUCUGUUACUUCCUGUACCAGAUCCUGAGAGGCCUGAAGUACAUCCACUCAGCUAACGUUCUGCACCGCGACCUCAAACCCUCCAACCUCCUGCUCAAUACCACCUGUGAUCUAAAGAUCUGUGACUUUGGUCUUGCGCGUGUGGCUGACCCGGACCACGAUCACACAGGUUUCCUGACGGAGUAUGUUGCAACUCGUUGGUAUCGUGCGCCUGAGAUCAUGCUCAACUCAAAGGGUUACACCAAGUCUAUUGAUAUCUGGUCAGUGGGCUGCAUCCUGGCUGAGAUGCUCUCCAACAGACCCAUCUUCCCUGGGAAGCACUAUCUGGACCAGCUCAACCACAUCCUGGGUAUCCUUGGGUCUCCCUCCCAGGAGGAUCUGAACUGCAUCAUCAACAUCAAGGCCAGGAACUACCUGCUGUCUCUCCCGCUGCGCUGCAAGGUCCCCUGGAACCGCCUCUUCCCCAACGCCGACCCCAAAGCUCUGGACCUGCUGGACAAGAUGUUGACCUUUAACCCCCACAAGAGGAUCGAGGUGGAGGAGGCUCUGGCUCACCCUUACCUGGAGCAGUACUACGACCCUACAGAUGAGCCUGUAGCAGAGGCUCCCUUCAAGUUUGACAUGGAGCUGGAUGAUCUACCCAAAGAGACCCUGAAGGAGCUGAUCUUUGAAGAGACGGCACGCUUCAACACAGUCUGCAGUCCUAACCCAUAGAAUCAGAUAAAACUCUGGACUCUCCUCCUCUCCUCGUUGUGUGCUGUGGUUCCUCCUGUCUUCAGCAACGCCUGUAUACUCCCCCGCC